UGGCCCGAGGAAAGGCCGUGAAGGGCAGGGCCCCAGAUGGUUCCUGUCGGGGAAGUGGGGGGCACAGCUGCAGGCCUCCGGCCCAUUAUCACAGGGACACAGCUGGCUGCCUCACCCGCAGGCUGCAGAGACCUUCCCCAGCCUGCAGCCCCAGGCCCGCCCCGCAUCACAUGAGCCUGACGGCUCCCACCCCCUCCCCAGGGCUGAGGACACCCGGCCGGCGGCCAGGAGGGCCUGGGCUUUCCAGCGGCAGAGGCCCAACUCCAGGACGCCCCAGCUGGCCCAGCCCCUCCUGUUUCCCUCAAGGCUGCAGGAGGUCGGGAAAGGCAUUCCCAGAAGAGGCCUGUCCUGGGCCCCAGGUUGGCCCCUGAGGGUGGCCCUCCUCAUGCCGGCUUCGAGACUGAGGGACAGGGCAGCCGGUUCAGCCUCGGGAUCCACCCGUGGCUCCAUGUCCCAGCCGCACCCUGUGCUGGAGAGCGGCUUCCCGGCAUCUGCUGCCUGCUCAGCACCCCGGGGUCCCAGGAAGGGCGGCCCAGCCCCUGCGGACAGGAAGGCUAAGGCCUCAGCAAUGCCGGACUCCCCAGCGGAGGUGAAGACGCAGCCCCGGUCCACACCCCCCAGCAUGCCGCCCCCACCACCUGCCGCAUCCCAGGGGGCCACACGCCCCCCCUCCUUCACGCCACACACACAUCGAGAGGACGGGCCUGCGACGCUGCCCCACGGCCGUUUUCAUGGCUGCUUAAAAUGGUCUAUGGUCUGUCUCUUGAUGAACGGCAGCAGCCACUCGCCGACAGCCAUCAGCGGCGCACCGUCCACACCCAACGGCUUCAGCAAUGGCCCGGCCACCUCGUCCACGGCCUCCCUGUCCACGCAGCACCUGCCCCCGGCCUGCGGGGCCCGGCAGCUCAGCAAACUCAAGCGCUUCCUCACCGCCCUGCAGCAGUUUGGCAGCGACAUCUCCCCAGAGAUCGGGGAGCGCGUGCGCACGCUGGUGCUGGGCCUGGUGAACUCAACGCUGACGAUCGAGGAGUUUCAUUCCAAGCUUCAGGAGGCCACCAACUUCCCUCUGCGGCCGUUUGUCAUUCCCUUCCUGAAGGCAAACCUGCCCUUGCUGCAGCGGGAGCUCCUGCACUGUGCACGCCUGGCCAAGCAGACGCCCGCCCAGUACCUGGCCCAGCAUGAGCAGCUCCUGCUGGACGCCAGCGCCUCCUCCCCCAUCGACUCCUCAGAGCUGCUGCUGGAAGUCAAUGAGAACGGCAAGAGGAGGACGCCCGACAGGUACCUGUGGGCUCCGGGCAUCUGGGCUGGGGGCACUGUGGACACGCGGCUCACGCUGCUCCCCUCUCGUCCCCAGUGGGCACAGUCCAUGGUGGUGCCUGGGUCCCGGCAGGAAGAAGUGAUCGACCACAAGCUCACAGAGCGUGAGUGGGCAGAAGAGUGGAAGCACCUCAACAACCCCCGCAGCAGCUCCGCCGGCCCUGAAGGGUCUCAGCUAGACGUGCCCCGGGAGUUCCUGCCAAGGACCCUCACCGGCUACAUGCCCGAGGACAUCUGGAGGAAGGCUGAAGAGGCCGUGAACGAGGUGAAGCGGCAGGCCAUGUCGGAGCUGCAGAAAGCCGUGUCGGACGCAGAGCGCAAAGCGCAUGAGCUCAUCACCACGGAGCGUGCCAAGAUGGAGCGGGCCCUGGCCGAGGCGAAGCGGCAGGCCUCCGAGGACGCCCUGACGGUCGUCAACCAGCAGGAGGACUCCAGCGAGAGCUGCUGGAACUGUGGACGGAAAGCCAGUGAAACGUGCAGCGGCUGCAAUGCGGCACGCUACUGCGGGUCCUUCUGCCAGCAUCGGGACUGGGAGAAGCACCACCACGUGUGUGGCCAGAGCCUGCAGGGCCCUGCGGCCGUGGUGGCCGACCCGGUGCCUGGACCGCCCGAAGCUGCCCACAGCCUGGGCCCCUCCCUGCCUGUGGGUGCUGCCAGCCCCAGCGAAGCCGGCUCUGCGGGGCCUUCUCGCCCCGGCUCCCCCAGCCCGCCUGGCCCACUGGACGCCGUGCCCCGCUGACCCCACCAGCCCCCGGCCUGCUGGAUACAGCACCGUGCCAACCCCACCCAGCUCCAGGCCCGCCAGAUGCUGUGGCCUCUGACGCCCGGCCGGCCAGAUGCUGUGCCCUGCCUGGCCUGGGGAAGCCGACCAAUUAGAGUCACUGCUGCUACUGCCCCUCUCCAAAAGAAGACACAGAACCAACAAAACCGCAUUCAAUGCACCUGCCUCAGCUACCUAAUGAUUCUGCGCGGAGACCUCUUGACAACCUCUCUUCAAGCAUCCUCAGAAGCCUCAAUGAGCUUUAGACAGCAGAGCGGAUGCCGCGGGCGCGGCAGCUCUGCCCACCUCUCUCUCUUUUCCUCUCUCUCUGUCUCUCCCUCUCUGUCUUCUCUAUCCUCUCUCUCUCUCUCUAUGACUAUCACACACUUUCUCUUCAAUGAAAAAAUCUAAUUGGUGGCUUAUAUUUUCAGCAAAGAAUUUUGGGGGGUUUUGUUUGUUGGCAAAAGAGCUACUCAGAAAUGGACAAAGAAAACUCUGGGGGUUCUCCCCCUCCUGAUUAAAAAGGGAGAAAGAAAACUGUGAUUUUAUAGCCGGAGAUCUGAACCCAGCUGUGCCCCUCCCCCAGGGGCGUGAGGCUGAUUGGCGAAGACGGGAGGAAAGAUUUCAACUUCUGACUCAAGAAGCAUUUUUGGUUUCAGAUUUUUUUUUUCCUGUAAUGUUAAACUCUUUGGCUUUAAGUAAAAAUCCAAAAAGUUUUUUUAAAAAAGCAAAGGAAGCAUACUUGUGAACUACCUUGCUAGCUAGCCAGCCAAGGAUACCGGACACACCUCUGCUCCAAAGGAAAUCCAAAAAAGCAAACACAAGAAAUCAAAAUCCAAAAUUUGUCACUGCCAAAGUAUGUUUUUCACUGUUUUACUUGCCCUUGGGUUUGUUUGGAUGUGGGUCUUUUUCUCUUCUGUCCUGGUUUUGUUUGUGGGUGUCGGGAUAUUGGGGUGCAGAGGGUUGGUGCCCAGUGAGAAACGAGUUUUGUUCCCUUCCGCGUAGGCGUUGGUGCGUCCGCCGCGUGUGCGCGGUCUGUGUGCCGUCGCCGCGGCCUGCGUCUCCAUGUCUGUAGGGAAGGACACGCCGUCUGUCCUCACGCCCCCUGUGACUUUUCAUACUUCGUUUUUCCACUUGUGGAAAAAAAGUGCUAAAGUUUUCUUCCCAGAGAGAGCAUAAUUCCGAAACAAAACUGUGACAAUCUUUUGGGUUGAUUCUCGACUGCUUUUCAAGCACGCGGAGCCAGCAGGGCUCCCUGAAACACGGCUUCUCAGCCAGCCCGUCCUCCUCUACCUCUCUCCUCUCUGCGCCCUGCAACCUCUCUCGGCCCCAUCGCCCCAACCCCAGCGUCUCACUGCAGCUACUCCCCUUUCUUCCAAACUUUUGCAGAAAAACAAAACAAAAAAACUACAAACAAAAGCAGCCCUCUGCAUCCUCCCCAGGAAAGACCCUGACCAUGUACAUAGCCCUGGUGCUCCUGCCCUGCCACCCCUCAGAUGCGUUUGCCUCUGGCCCUGGGGUGUGUCUCGGUGACGUUUUCUAUCAGACAUGCUCCCUCCCACCUUCCAGCCCUGCCCAUCCUCCCUCCAUUCCUCUCAGCUCCCUCCGCGAUUUCAAGAAGGAAAUAAAGGGAUAAAGAAA